AUGGCUACUGUUGUUGAUGCUGGAAACCAGGAAGCCAAAGGAACUGACAAGAAGUUUACAGUGGUUUUUGUACUGGGUGGCCCUGGCAGUGGUAAGGGCACUCAGUGCGCAAAUAUUGUCCGACACUUUGGGUACACCCAUCUCAGUGCUGGUGAUCUGCUCCGAGCCGAAAUAAAAUCUGGUUCUGAAAAUGGGACAAUGAUUCAGAACAUGAUUAAGGAGGGAAAAAUUGUACCUUCAGAGGUAACAGUUAAGCUUCUACAACAAGCAAUGCAUGAAAGUGGCAAUGACAAAUUUCUCAUUGAUGGUUUCCCCCGUAACGAGGAGAAUCGUGCAGCAUUUGAAUCUGUUACUGAAAUUGUGCCAGAGUUUGUGCUUUUCUUUGAUUGUUCAGAAGAAGAGAUGGAGAGGCGCCUUUUGAGUCGAAAUCAGGGUAGAGAAGACGAUAACAUUGAAACAAUAAGGAAGCGCUUCAAGGUUUUCAUGGAGUCUAGUCUCCCAGUGAUUGAAUACUACAACUCCAAGGGGAAGGUUCGAAAGAUUGAUGCUGGGAAACCUGUUGAAGAAGUUUUUGAAGCAGUCAAAGCUGUUUUCACCUCUUCAUAUGACAAGGUUCCUGCUUAA